GAUAUCUUCUGGAAUCAUUCAACGAGCUCUGGUCUUCGCUCACUUAUCUUCAAAAUGUUGUUCGUCCUAUUGGUUGUAGUAGCUGCUGCUAUUAACGUAGCUCAUAGCGAGGAAGGAUAUUCUUCGAAGCUGGAGAACAUAGAUGUCGAUGCCAUAAUCAAGAAUGAAAGAUUACUGCAGAACCACUUCAAGUGUCUUAUUGAUGGACAGGGCUGCACACCUGAGGCUGAGGAAUUGAAGAAAAACAUUCCUGAAAUCAUGGAAACCUGUUGUGCAAAAUGUUCUGACAAACACAAGGAGGCAGCUAAGAAAAUGACUGAAUACCUACUUGCCAACAAGCCAGAGUUGAUAAAGAAAGUUUUGGACAAAUACGACCCAGAGAGGAAAUACACUCAAAAAUGCAACGAUCAGCUCAAAUCAGGAGGCGUUGAUCUCACUGGAAUAUAAUUAUAAUCUUGUUAUGUUUGGACAGAUCUUUUAAUUAAAUUAAUGUGAAAUACAA